AUGCCCUACAUGAGCUUGGAAGCUGUGACGAGAGGCUUGGCCAAUGGUGAUUUAGUAAAGGGAUCACUUCGUGUUAAUCAACGCAAUUAUGAAGAAUCUUACGUAGACAACCCAGACGGUGAUGAUCAACUUGAUCUUCUUAUACUCGGAGUACAUGAUCGUAAUCGCGCUUUACAUGGAGAUGUUGUUGUUGUGCGCAUUAAGGAGAGAAUGAACUGGGUGAUCCGCGAAAAUCUUUACCAAGCAUGGCGAGCUGGACAUUUGAAUGUAUCGAGAGAAGAUAAUGGUCAACCGAUCACGAUUCCACCAGUCGCAGCUCCGAAACCUGAUGACUUGGUCGAGGUUGGUUGACU